AUGCCGGGGUGCGGGAAUGCCGGGGUGCCGGAAUACCGGGGUGCGGGAAUACCGGGGUGCGGGAAUACCGGGGUACCUCCGCGGCGGAGGCUGGGGCUGGCUUCGGGCUUCGCAGCAGCUGUGACAGCGACCCGUAAGAUGGCUGCUGCCAUCCCCGGCGCUUUAAGACGGACUGAGCAAGGAGCUGGAGUGGAAAAACUGGAGGUACAUGGGGACAAGGGGGAGAUACGAGCUCUGGCUGGAGGAUGUGCAGAGACACUGGUGCUGACUAGUCAGGCCCUUGCAGUACCUAAACUCUACCCUGCUAAAUUCUCUGAGACACACAGGCAGAUUAAUUAUUCACUUGAAUUCCUUGCGGAUAAUCCCACUCCCACACCAUAUUGUGAUCUUGCCAAUAUCAACAAUCCUGGCACUUCUAAGAAAGGAAAUAAUUCUUUAAUAAAACUCUUACUGAUUUGCUAAUAUAAAAAUUCCACAUGGCAGAGAGACAUGGAAGACAGGUUUAUUGUGCUGGACAACCAUGAAAGUAGGUCAGAUACAUGCUUUCUGGAGACUCUUGAUGGCUGUCACGGUGUGAAAGCUACAGAAACAAUUGUAGCAAAGCUUCCACUUUUAUUUCUUGAACAGUUUUCUCACACAGAUUCCUCCUACAAAAAUAAAAACAAUGAAGAGCAAAUUCUAGAAUUUUUUGCCACAGUAAUCAAGGCAGAUUACAGGGCAAAAGAGAAAAAUCAGGCAAUGAAGAGAGUAACAAGACCAGUCUUGUCAUUAAAGUGUACCAUGAAAGUGUAUGCCAAGUCCUUUUGAAGAAUCAGAUUUUUACAGCUGGGAAGGAAUGAGGUUUCCAAAGUUCACUGCAGCAGCUGUUCAGUGGUAAAAAUAAUUCCUAGUGAAGAGAUGGACAGCAUUGGGGAAGUAAGAAAACAUCCUGAAAACAACACACAUAGUCCAUUAGCCAGGACAUCUAAAGGUGUUGCUGGGCUACUGCAUGUUGCUACUAUAGGUAAGUAUAUUGCACACCAAGAUUUUUUUUCCCCUUCAUCCAAUUAAGAAAAAACAAAACAACAACAAAGAAAAACAACCAAAAAACCAACCAAACAAAACGAAACAAAACACCCAAGCAUAAAAUAAUUAGAGAUUUGUUGGCAGUCGGUAUCUGGAGAUAAAAAGCAGCAAUUCCUUUAGCUUGACAACAUGAAGGAGACAUAAUAAAUUCCCUCACAACUGAUACUGCUAUCAGCCAAUAGGAUUCAGCUUAUUAGAUAAGUAGCCUGAAAUUUGAAUUAAAGCAUUUAAUUUCCUUUACUAAUAUAGGAAUUAGGAAGCAUUCCAUAAUAUACAAGGGACCUCUGUAAGAAUAAUAGGAUUUUUUUUUCAAAUCAAGAGGUUUAAGGUGUCAUCACUUUAAGACAGGCUUCUGAUUUUUGAUCUGAUAAAGUCUUUGUAUCAAUGAAACAUGCUUAAGAUACUAUUUUAAUUCAUUUGCUUCACUGGACUAACUGCCACCACAUUUUGCUACCAGCAAACUGAAAACAUGAUUUGAGGGAAUAAUCUCAAUUAUUAUUUUCUGAAAUAGGAAUCAGUUGUAUUUUACUAUCAUGAAAGAACUAUUCAGACCUGUUUCCUUAUGAAGUAAAACCUUGCUUCAGUAUAGUACAGAAUCAAUUAUUUAUUACAAUCAGAAACAAUGAUACAUUCCUAACACUUUAGCACCCACUCCUGCUACAAGAGAUACUAGAAAAAGCUCUUGCAGACUAACAGAACAACUCUAGUCAUUGUAUCUUUCCACCUGGUGAUUUUUUGUUACCAGUCAAACCCUCUGGUGUACAUAAAACAGCUGUGAGAUUACAAGCAUAAUACUUGCUUUCCCACAAAGGAGUGCACAAGCAGUUAUAUGAAAAAAAGCUAGUGGGUGAAGAGCUCCAGAUGGAUGGAUUUGUGUCUACUGUUACAUUCUCUUCUGGACUCUGCUUGAAGCACAUGCCCAGCACUACACCACUUUCACAUUAUCACUCUCCCUGGCAUCAGUAAGCAGUGGGCUGACACUGCAGCUGACAGCACAGGCAUUCUUUCUUCCUGUGAUGCAUGCAUUCGCACAACUUUUAUUUCUCCAUAUGAAAUUUGACCAAAGUUAAUGGAGAGGGUCAAAGAUCAGCAGAAAAAAGGAGAAUCAUCUGGGAGGUUUCAUUUUUGUCAGGACAAAAAAAAAAAAAAAUCAAGUUCCACAUUUGAAAAAAAACCCAAACAAUUCCAGAUAUAAAAGAAGUAUUUCCCUUAACAAUAAUUAACAAUAAUUUGCCAGCCUGAGAAACACCGUAAACCAAUUUUAUCAUGCACUGACACUGAACUAGGACUAGGUAACUGUGGUAUAUCCCACCACUCCGUUCUUCAGUGCUUCCUGUUACAGCUGUACUUCACCUCAAAUAAGCUUCCUGCAGCCAUGUGACCUUCACUGGUAAAGGUAUCAAAACAGGUAGUUUAGCAUUAGCCCAGCUAUUCUUUCAGGAAAUGCAGUCACACCUUUACUGGAAUACAGCACUAACUCACAAAAAAGGCUGCAAUGUUUUCAGAUCCAUUUGUUUCCACCUUACUGGGACAGAAACCCAUUUUAUUCCAAAGAGAUUGAUGAAGGUAAGAACUGAGGUUAGGUGAAUUCUCUACCUAAUUGCUUCAGGGUCUUGUUACCUGCCUCCAUCCAUUCCUUACAGAGCGGGUUUCAUACUGGCUGCAAUUAAGGAUACCAUAAAUUCAAACUCUGCCAAUAAGUUAAUGUUUGAAGUUCAUCAGACAUAUUUUAAACCUUUUAUGACCAAAAUCCACAUUUCUGAUCCACUGCUAAAUACACAUUUAUUUAAUCUAAGACAAUUUUCCACCAAAUGUACCACAUCAAAGGAAAAAAUUCAUGCAACAAGAACCUUCAUUUUUCCCCAAGGAGUGAGUUCUUACAGAAGUACAGACAUGUUCCUUGAGCUCCAGAUAAGCAACUAAAGAGGACGGUCAAAUACGAGGAGCAGGAGACGGUGACACAGGCCACCUUCUUCAUUUAAUCCUAUUAUUGAUAGGGAAAAAGAAUCAACAAAACUUAGCUGACCUGUCUCUCCUUUGCAGAUGAGAGACUUGCAUCCAAAAGGGACUAGAUUUUACUCUUUCUUGCAGUCAAGUUGUUCCACAUGGGUUACAUUAUGCCCUUUGUUAGGCUUACAGUUGGUGGUCUUGCUCCAAGGGUUCAAAGGAUAUUUUACACAUUCUUCUAGCUCUCCAUGGAAAUCAGAGGAAGGAGGGGGAAGCAAGCACAAAGAAACAUCCAGAGCACAACUUAAGGCAUCUACAAUUUAUAAUUUUAAUUAAAAAGGUGCAUCCUUCAGUUUGGUAUUUUGAACAAUUUUUUGAUUUAAAGCAGAAGAAAUCUGCCUUCAGAGAGUACACUUAGCUGUCUCCUACAGUCAGUGAUGCCAGUACUGCCCAAGAAACACAACUACUGUGUAAGCAAUGCCUACUCAUACACCCCUUUUCAGAGGUCUGUGCCCCAGUCUAGUCAGACAAUCUUAAAAACACAAUAUAACUAAACACACUGCAGCCAACUUCAUGUCUAGAAAGGCACCACACCCCAAGCAAGUUCCUUCUGCCUGGCAUUGCUUUUGCCCUUAUGCCAACACAUCGGAGCAGACCAAACAUCUCCCCUUACACAAGAAAUGGUCUCCCAGGCAGCCACAGAGGAUGUCAAACAAUACAGCACUUCAGAGCUCUUUCCUUCAUGCUCUGUCUUCAAAUCUGACAUGACUGGUCCCCUGCAGUGUUGCAAUUUCUAACGUUCAAUUCUGAGAUUUCAGAAAUGCUGAGGGACAGGGAAAGUACCUCAUACUACUAAAGCAAAGAAAUUAGUCCUCAACUUCCCACAGUGACUAAGAAUUCUUGCUCCCUUGGGUGCCUUAACCAAGUAAGAGACUUAAGGCAACAUGUAAGUAAACAGUAAAUCCUACAUCAUGUCCAAAAUAUUUUCAAGUACUAGAAAUUGUAGGCUGCUAGAAACAGUCUGAGCUGAAAUUUCUUGUUGAGUUUAUUCGGACACUUGAAAGCACCCAUUCUCAUAGGAGGAAAAGAAAAAGUAUUUGAGAAAAGUAGAGCAAGUUGCACCUUGACUGGCUUUUAAACAAGAGUGCAUAUUUUUGCAUUAGACUGCACUUUAAGCUGAAUGAAAUGUCACCUGAGACUCCUCAUAAGAGUUCAUUUGCAGUCAGGAGAUUAAGACUCCAGAACAGUCUUCUAAGAAUGGAAGGGGAAAAACCACAGAAAACCUCGCUGUAAAACCAGAAAUGGAUUUAAUGAUGGACAUAUUGUUGCCUGUGAAGUAGAUUAUUAACAAUUAUCUCAGUUUUUUUUUCCCCAGUCCUUAAAAAAAGCCUAAUAUUGUAAUAGCAGUAUCUUUAAAAAAACCCAGUAUGCUAUAAAUAUUAACUUCAAAUGAUAUACGGGCAGUCUUACUUAAAAAUAUACGGGCAGUCUUAACUUAAAAAUGGAGUCAUGUGUCACAAGAACACAGCACUUCUAAUGUAAGCGAAAACACUUCAGAAUGUUGGAAACAUCAGCACUAACAAACCAGAUUAGUAGAGGGAUACCUGAGAACUACAAGGGCUCUUGGACAUCACAGAGCUCCAGUAAAAAGAACAUCUGUUAUACCUGUACCUCAUAUUAUUGCAUCUGUCUCUAUCAGUGUUACUUGUCAGUUUCUUAUUUUGGCUUCUAAUGGGCUUUGAGGGGUUUUGGAUUACCUGAAGUACUUGCACUAACUCUCUUAACAUUCACUCAUUAUUUGAGAAUGCAUGAACACUGUUCAACAAAACAGGACUUCAUGUGUCACUAUCUAGUAUCUCUCACUGGAGACAACUGACUCAAACACUAUUAAUCACCUGCAAGAUAGAAUACAGCUAUUUUAUUCCAAUAAAGUACAUACUUCAAAAUAUACCAAAAGAAUCAACCUAGUCCAGAACUGUCCCUUUUCAGUAACAAGGAAGCAUAUUCAAAGAACAGAAAUACACUACUCCAAUUCUAGCACACAAGGUGACU